AUGGCGAAGACGAGGACAGCCCGGAAAAACAUCAUCGCGUUUACAAGGACAAUGACAGGAACGUACAGACUCUGCGUGUGUUACGAUUUCCCGAUUCUUUUCACAGAGGUAUUCACUGGGGAAUACUGUACCAUCUGUAGUGGUCAAGUUUACUGUGACUCGGGAUGUUGCAGCACAUACGGCACUGCCCACUGUUGUCCGAAUACGACUGCCAUUGUAAUUGGUUCCGUGUUUGGGACGUUUGUUGUCAUGGUGAUAUUGGCGUCAGUUUUCAUUUGCUACCUACAGCACAGACGGAACCGAUUAGACGCCAUUCAUCAAUACAUUGUGGCACAGACACAAUAUUACACUGAGGACUUCACGGGGAACAAUGACGACGACAGAAGUUUGAUACUGAACACUGAAGGACCUCCUGUUCCUGUCAACAAACCCACACUACCUGAUCAGUCUUUAUUCCAAGCUCUUGACGGUCUGUAAUACGUCCAUGAAAAAUACCGGUGCUACAUCAAUGAC